AUGUCCAGCGCCCUCGUCCGUGGUGCUCCUUCUCCCAUGGAGCCGACUGUUAUUCAUCGAUCCACCCAACCGAGAAGUCGUCGACCGAAGCUUCAGCAGCAGACAUUUCAGCAACGUCAUCCUCAUCAUCAUCAUCAUCAUCCUCAUCCUCAUCAUCAUCAUCACCACCAGCAGCAGCAGCAGCAGCAGCAGCAAGAACAAGCAGCAGUGGUGCAGCAUAUUGAAUCUUUUCCGUUGUCACCACCGCAGGUCAUCACCCCCGACGCCACCACGACGGCGAAGAACACAGACACGACGACGGUUUCGAGCAUGCCGAGCACGCCGCAGGAUAAUUCGGCGAACACCUCGCCCAAGAACUCGACUGGGCAGACGUCGAUGGAUUCGUGGAUGAUGAAGGAUCAGAGGCGAGGGGGAGGGGGAGGAGGGGGAUCCCCGCCCGAGAGGUUGAAGCAAACCGCCCGGCACGGUAAUCACCAGCACAACAUCGCGCUGCCGUUGUCGGGGGUGUCAUCUUGCUCGAAUCCAAUCAUUCGUCAUCAUGCCCAUCAUGGCCACAAUCAUGGCCAGCAACACCACAGGGAGAACCCGCCGCAGAACCACAUUGAUGACACUUCCACCUCUCCCAGUCCGGACUCUGUCUUGACGACUAUACAGGAAUCGCCCUUUGAUCUUGUCACGCCUUCGAUCGUGACGGUGGAGAAGGCGGCUGCGGCCAAGAUUGCGCUGGAGGGGUAUUUUCAGGAGAAGUUUGCUCUUGGGGCAACGGAUAGAGAGAAGAGGAGGCAGGGGUUUGAGAAUGGACUUUUUGUGGAUGCGGCGGCUGCCAGGGGGGGGAAGGAGACGAAAAAGGGGGGGUUGCUGACCAGUGGGCAGAUUGCCGCUGUCAGACAAGGGUUUUUCAAACAGGAGACUCGGCACCUGAGGGAGACGAGGGUUUUGAAGGCUAGGGGGGCGGGGUUGCUGAUGCGGGAGGGGGUGGACGGGGCGAGGGAGAAUGGGUUUGAGGAGGUGCAGAUUUUGGGGAAGGGGAGUUUUGGGGUGGUGAAGCUGGUGAGGCAGAGUGGUGGUGGGGGAGGGGUGUUUGCCAUGAAGUGUAUACGGAAGGGGGAGAUGAUCAAGACGCAGCAGGAGGGGCAUCUCAAGGCGGAGAGGGACUUUUUGAUCGCGAGCGAGGGGUGUCAGUGGGUUGUUCAGCUCGUGGCGGCGUUUCAGGACUUGAAGAAUUUGUACUUGGUUACCGAGUACAUGCCUGGGGGGGACUUUCUGGGGUUUUUGAUUCGGGAGACUACGCUCCCGGAAGAGGUGGCCAGGUUUUAUGUUGCCGAGAUGAUUCUGGCGGUGGAGGCGACGCAUUCGUUGAAGUUUAUACACCGGGACAUCAAGCCUGACAACUUUUUGAUAUCGGCGAGCGGGCACCUGAAGAUUUCGGACUUUGGGCUGGCGUUUGAUGGGCAUUGGUCGCAUGACUUGGCCUAUUUUACUAGUCACCGGUAUUCGCUCGUGAAUAGGCUGGGGUUGAACGUGGUGGGGGAUAAGCAGGACAGGAAGGAGAGCAGGAGCACGGCUGCGGUGCUGAAGUGGACGAGUGGCAUCAUGACGGGGAUUGGGAAGCAUCAGCCCAAGGUUGGGGUUGGGGUCGGGGUGGAGGGGGAUGAAAAGAGGGAGCCGUUGCUGAGCUGGAGGAACAGGAACGGGAACAGGGGGGCGGCGGUGAGUAUUAUGGGUACGAGUCAGUACAUGGCUCCCGAGGUGGUCAAGGGGGAGUGUUAUGAUGCGAGGUGCGACUACUGGAGCGUGGCGGUGAUUCUGUACGAGUGCCUGUACGGGAGCACGCCGUUCUACAGCGAGGAGGGGAGGUCGGUGACCAAGAAGAAUAUUUUGAACCACCGGGAGACGUUUCGCUUUCCGAGGCAGGGGCCGGCGGUGUCGACGAGGUGUCGGAAUUUGUUGGUCAGUUUGAUUGUGGACAAGGAGGAUAGGUUGUCUUGCAAGGCGUACAAGAUGAAGGACAUGAUUGGGCAGAUUGGGACUGGGCCGGGGGGGCAGAAUCAAAGGGGGAUGACGAGUUCGAUGUCGGCGCCGAGUCUGCCUGCUUUGGGGGUUGCUACUAUGUCGGGGAAUAGUAGUACUGGUGGUGGUGGUGGUGGUGGCCCGGCGCAGCAGCAGCAGCAGCAUCAGACGCAGAAGGAUACACGGUGGACGAAGGAAUAUGUGGACAAGUUUGUGUUCCCUAAUGAUGCUGAGGAUAUCAAGGGGCACAAGUGGUUUAGGUCAAUUGCGUGGGAGCAUUUGCACCAGAUGCCGCCGCCGCAUGUUCCCGUGCUGGACUCGCCGGACGAUGCGACGUAUUUUGAUGACGAGAGUUUGAGUGAUUGGAGUGAGAGCUCUCUGGAGGACAAGCUGUCGGAGGAGGAGGAGGACGAUGAGGAUGAGAUUGAGAACAGGAGGCUUGAGGAGGAGGGGUAUCACGGGUUGAGCAAACGGGUGUUGGAUCAGAUGGUUGAGGAGCAGAAGCUGAUGGAGGAGAGGAGGCGAGAAGAGGAAAAGGAGAGGUUCCUCGGUAAGCUGGGCAGGAGGCCGAGUCUGCAGAGGUGGGUGAUGGAGGCGAUGAGACAGGCGCCGUUUGACAUUGACUAUUACAUGGGGUUGGAGAAAGAGAUUGACAAGGCUAGCCCGGAGUGCGGGGUUACGGAGGAGGAGAAGGAGGUGAUGAAGGCUUUUUUGCUUCGGUACGGGUGUCGGGUGUUUCGGGAUGGGGAGCCCAAGGGGGACGCCGCCAAAGAUAAGAAGGAAGAGAAGAAGAAGAAGAGGCCGAGGGACAAGAUUUUGAGGGACAAGGAGAUGGGAAAGGUGGCGAUGGGUGUGAGGAGACGGACGGCGUUUGCUGGGUAUGAGUGGGUUGGCUGUCGCGGGUUGAAUGGGGGCGAGGUGCUUGGUGGUGGUGGUGGUGGCGGUGGUCAGGAGAAUGUUGGGUUGGAUGGGACGUCGGUGAUGAAACCGAAGCCUGUCCAGCAUUCUCCUCAGCAACAGGUGCAGAUGCAGACACCACGGCAGGUGGUGAAUGUUGGGGCGGUGGGUAUGGAUGGGGGGUAUGACGGAUCUCCCGAGAGUAAUUCCUCGCCUACGUAUCGAUGGGGACCGCAUCCGCAGAUUCACUUACCGCCGCCUCAUGUUCAUUUAUUACCGCCUCAUGCGCUGCCUCCCAUGACGGGGCAUGCGUUUCAACCUGAUCCGUUUUGGAGACCACCACCGGUAGCUCCCCAGCCGCAGUUCACACAUGCUCAUCAUCCUCAGUAUCACCCACUACCGCCACGGCAGUUUUCACCAUUUCCAUUUCAGCAGCAGCAGCAACCGGAUCCUCGACACUUUCAACUACCUCCAUUUCGUCCACCGCCACCGCAACAAGCCCGGAACUAUUCCCCUUAUCAGAGCCAGUACGUACAGAGUCAAGUCCCGAGACAGUUUUCCAUGCCACCACAAGCACAGCCGCAGGCGCCACCACCGCGAUAG